CAUCCUUUUCGUUUUUCUUCUUCUACUCAAAUCUUUCUCGUUUACGGUUUCCUCGUCGGCAAAAAAAAAAUCGAACGAAAAGCUACGGCUACCUGAUUCAACACGAAUUCGAUCCCGAAUCGUUAAGCUUCUAUUCAAAUUUCGCCAUCCCCAAUUUCGAAGCUCCCUUACUUUCCUUUAACCGACGCUUUGCUUCAAUGGCGCCCCGAUCGGUAUCUUGUUGAUUCUCACUGAAGAUAAGGUUAGGGUUUGUGUUUCCUGUUUUUGACCACAUCCCCUGAGUCUAGGGGUUUUCUGAGAAGGGGACGACGGCUUUGAGAGGAUAAUGUGUAUAUUGUGCGUUAUUCAAAAGUGGUCUCGUCAGGUUGCAACCAUGCUGCCUUGGUUUGUUAUACCUUUGAUUGGACUGUGGGCUCUCUCUCAGCUUCUUCCACCUGCUUUUCGUUUCGAGAUUACUUCCCCAAGGCUUGCUUGUGUGUUUGUGCUUUUGGUUACUCUCUUCUGGUACGAGGUUUUGAUGCCUCAGCUUUCCACGUGGCGUGUGAGGAGAAAUGCUAGGCUUAGGGAGAGGGCGAGAUUAGAGGCUAUUGAAUUACAGAAGCUGAAGAAAAAUGCGACUAGGCGUUGCCGUAACUGCUCCACGCCUUAUAGGGAUCAGAAUCCAGGUGGUGGAAAAUUCAUGUGUUCGUAUUGUGGGCAUAUAUCGAAGAGGCCUGUUUUAGAUAUGCCCGGGUUGGAGAUUUCUGGUUCAGGGAUUUUGAAGGAGCUUGUUGGAAGAGGUGGAAAGAUUUUGAAUGGGAAGGGAUGGAGUGAGCACGGAUGUUUAAACAGGCAAGAGUGGUGUGAGAGCAGCACGUUGAGUACAUUUGAUGGAGAUGAAAGUUGUUUGGUGGAGAAAUCUUAUCCUGGUGGUGUUGGUUUUGCUUGCAGGUUGUUGUCUUCUCUUUUCAUGAGCAUUAGGUGGCUUUGGAGAAAGAUUUUUAGGUUUAGCUCAGUUGAUGAUUCUUCACUUGAUCCUGAGCAGAGACGGUUACUAGCUAAACAGGGUGAGAACGGGAACAACUAUCAUGAAAGUAGGGUAGAAAAGGCACGUAGAAAGGCGGAGGAGAAAAGACAAGCUAGACUGGAGAAGGAGCUUUCAGAGGAGGAAGAAAGAAAACAAAGAGAGGAAGUCGCAAGACUAGUGGAAGAACGGAGAAAGUUGAGAGAUGAGAAAACUGAGGCCGAGAAAUGCAAUAAAGUAUUACUCGCUGCCAAGGAGAAAAUCAUCAAAGAGGCGGAAAAGAAGCGUCAGGAGCGAAGGAAAGAGAGGGAUAAAGCCUCAAGUAAGAGCAGUUCUGAUGGUGAAGAACAUAACAAGAGAACAGGAAAGGAAACCGAGCAGAAGCGCAAUGUUGAUAAGAAUGAUCAUCUGGAACAUGAUAGGCAUUCACAUGAUAGGGGCUCCAACAUGGAAAGGAGACAUGAACAUGGUGUAGAGAAUAACGCCACUAGUAACGGUACAAAAUCUGGCGGUAGGUACUUUGAUCGAGUGAAGGGUACAUUUUUAUCUUCUUCGAAGGCUUUUAGUGAUAGCCGUUUAUUUGGGAGAGGCGUUACCACUUCUGCUACUAUUGCAAAAGAAACCAAACCCAUCGGUUCUACAGAUAAUUCCCAUACCUCUGCUCAUACUAAUUCUCAUACGAAUGCUAAUCACGCAGUUGUUUCUGAGCCAAAGCCGACAAGAGAACCUAGAAAAGCAUGGCACCAACUGUUUGCCCGUUCAACAUCUGUUCCUGUUUCCCCGAAUGUUAGUACUAUAAGUAGACCUAGUACAAAGCCUCAGCAAGCUGCUCAGAGCUCACUAAUUUCCAGUCAAGUUUCCGCAAUACGUACCUUUGACAAUCCCAUCAGUUUUGGCCUCCCAUCGCCGUUUAUCAUACCGGUAUACUCUAGUGGAUCCACUACCAGCAGUAUAGGUUUCUCACCUCCAACAGAGAUUGUUCUCCCUCAACCUGGUGAAGAUGAACAUUUUGAAGAUCCGUGUUAUGUUCCAGAUCCGAUAUCUCUGCUGGGACCUGUUUCAGAAUCACUUGAUUUAAGGACUGGGUAUGAAACUGGGAUAGGAAAACACCAUUCAAUGAAGAAUACACCUACUCGUGAAAUCAGCAAGCCAUCCCCAAUUGAAUCUCCUUUGUCCAAAUCACGGGCUGCCGAUGAAAAACAAGCUAAUGACGGAAGCUGGCAAAUGUGGAAGAGCCCCCUUGGCCAAAACAGUCUUGGUUUAGUUAGUGGGUCAGCAAAAUGGAUUAUACCUUCAGAGACAACUAGAUCUACCGAGGAAAGUCAUCAUAUAGCAUCCUCAUUAUUUGCAAAAGAGGAUGCUUAUUCGCAUAGGGACAGUCCUGAAAGUGAUCACCAAAACAGCGUAUUCAGCCCCAUUACAAGCAACCAUGAUCCUUGGUCACAGAAUAUGUUCUUCCCUGCAUUAUCUGGCACAGAGAGUCCUUUUUCUUGUAGCACACAAACAGAAAGCACUCUAUUGAACAACAGGAGUCCAACUGGAUCUGCUCAAAACAAUCCCUUUGAACACCCUUCUCCGAAUCACUGGCUCAAGAAGGUGAAGGGCUUAAAGGAUGGGACCGGGAAGCAAUUUGUGGCGGCAGGUGAAGUUGAAAACCACCAAGAAGAUGUGCAAUCGGUUUGGUAGUAACAAAUUCAAAAAGAAAAAAAUGAGGAGAGUUUUUGCAGAUAAUCGCACUUGGUCUGACUGUGUCUGUCUAUGUUUGCCUCUCGAGUCUCUAAUGGAGACUUUUGAGUUUUUUUACUUGAAAACACAGCUCCACUGAACACUCGACGCAUAACUAUAGUCAGGUACUCUUUACUCUGAUAAAGUCUCUCACUUAAACUUGCUUUGGUUGGUGUCUGAACAUGUUCCUACCAAAUCUACUCGUGCGAUAUAACCUUAUAAACGAAACCAAUAUAUAUAUACUGUAACUUCUUUUGACUGGA